GGGGAAAGCUGGCCCGGAAUAGCUCCCACCCCCGUCGCGCGUCCAUCCGAGUCAAGGAAAUGCCCCGGUCGAUCUGCUAGGACCCUUUCUCCAUCUUGCCGCUUGCACGAUCACCGACUAUUCCAUCCGCGCACACACAUCAUGGCGUCCCUCGCGCAGUUACUCCUGGGCGCUGUCGCUCUCUGCGCUUCCGGCGUCCUCGCUGCGCAUCCCGAAGAUGGCCUCCCUUCGUACCACUACGGCGCACCCAUCCACGUAGAGUGCAUGAACCGCAGCUCCGAAACAGGCGAACAUAUUGAAAACUCCAAUCACGAAAUCGAAUGGAUCCCCUUCCCCUCCUGCGAAGAAACCAACAAGCCCCUCGAGUUUCAAUACGGACACGAAGGCGAAGUCAAUUGCACCAUCCCCAUGGUCUCCGAUCCAUUCUUUCACCUCCUCGAGUUCUUCAUCCACAACGACGCACCUCUCGCCUGCCGUCUCCCAGCCCGACCCGCGCCUCACGUUGAGACCGUCGGCGAGAAGCCCUACGUGCAGGAAUACAUCCCUCUCGUCUUCGCCCUCGCCGGCACCCUCCAGCUGAGCCACUUGCACGUUAGCACGCACAUGAACGUGCUCCUGCACAGCAUGCCGAAGCACCACACCCGACCCCAUGACUCGGGUGUCCUCGAUUCCGGAACGGCCUAUAGCACGAGCCCAUUGAGCCAUAUGGACGGGAUAUACACAAAGAGACUUGUGAUUGGUGAUCCGUUGCCGCUACGAUUGUCUGUCAGAUGGUUCCCGACGCCGAACCUGCCAAAGUCGGAGGGCCACGUCGAGUGGCAGGGCAUGGGCGGGCACGUCUACGCGAGCACCGUCUUCUACAUCAUCACUUCCUUCAUGGCAGGCGUGCUCGUCGCGUCAACGUACUUUUUCGGAGUUGUUUUGCCCAAGAGGGUACGCGGAAGAGGCAUGGGCGGCGCGACGCCACUCGGCUACGGUCUCAACGGUCUCAACGGCGUUGGCAACGGUUGGGGCUACUCCAAAGCGGCCAAGAGGAUGGAUUGAAAGAAAGCAUCAACAAAGCGUUCGCGUCACGAGAAAUCUGUACGAUUUGAUCCGAUUCAUGUAUAUCCGCUAGCCGCCCCCUCUUUGAGAGGCUUUUAUGAUGGAUGAUGGGAGUUUUAUUUUGAUGGACGAAUUAAACUGGGAUGGCCUUGACCUUGCGCACUUGGACUGGGGAAAAGGAGUUUUGGAAUCGAUCAUCUGGAUCCGCGCAUGCGCGGGCUGACUGGAGCAGGAUUUGUAGCGAUAUCUUAAUGGAACCAACACCCGCUUCAAAGAAGACUCAGUGAACUCCUUUUACUGCAACUUCUUGGUGCUGUCUGCGGCGUUCACCCGCUUCAGGAUGCGCAGCCACAUGUCCAAUCCCAUCAGCGCCG